UAUUAGCUUUUAUAUAUUUUAUCAAAUCAUAUUUAUGAUACAGUUUGAUUAUUUUGUCCAAAUAUUAUUUAAAGGUAUUUCAAAAUAUUAUUUACUUCAUUCUAGUAAUAAGUGUACAGGUAAAAACUGUUCACUACAUUGUAUAUUUUUACCAUUGAUAAAUAACUGACCGACAGGUGCAGUUGUGUCUCAGUUUUGUGAACAAGAAUAUUUGAAGAUUUAAGGUUGGUGUAUUUUGUAAAUAUUUAUAAUGAUUGUGAAUAUGACUGUUUGAUAUAAAAGAGUUUUAUAAAAUACAAAAAGAACAAAAAUAUGAUAUGUACAUGUAAAUAACAUUCUAUAUUUUUAUCUGAAGUUUUGCAAAUGCAAAUAUGAUUUUGAAAUUUUGUUUAAUCAUUUGAAUUUGAAAUAUAGUUUUAUUGAACUAAUUGAUAGGCAUUGUUGAGAAAUAUUUAUACUAUGAAAGAUGUGUUUUACAUUUUUAAUAUAAAAGGUUCUGAUAAAGUAAAUAUUGUUCACAGGUAGAUCAAUGUGAUUUUCAUACUAGAGGAUGAUAUUAUUGCAGUAAAAUUGUCUGCCAUUUCCUUAUUUAGGCGUUGCCAAUAAUUAAUGUUAUUUUCAAUAUAUGUAUAAUGUGAAUAGAAUAUAUGAAUCCAGUAUAAUAAAUUCAUGAACCUUACAUUUGUGCUUUCGUAAGCCAGUUUUAUCGUUUUCGGAGGUUACAAAAAUGGCGUCGUCGACAGGAUAAUUAUAUAUAUACUUAUAAAUUGGCAACGUUGGUUAAGACAAUAUUUUCUAGGGUUAAAGUACUAGAUAUUUCAAGCAAGAUGGAAACUAAAGAAGAAAAGUUACAGAAAGAAGUAGAUGAAUUGAGUAAGAAAUUAUACCAUAUGCACAAGGAAAAAGGUGAAAACUUACAGUUAAAGCAACAAUUAGAACAUAAUAACAAAAUCAUUGAACAAUUACAAAAAUCAACAAAAACUGUAUACGUUGCAAAAGACAGACCGUUUACAAAAUUAUCCGGUAGAUCCGAAAAAGACAAAGAUCCGAUUAUAAGUGAUUGGUUGGAAGAUGCCCGAGAACAUCUCGUUACAAUACCAGACGAAAAAGCCAAAAUUGACUUUCUUAUGCAAAAUCUAAUAUCUCCAGCUAAAGAUGAGAUAAGACUUAGACCGUUAUUAGAAAGAGAUUCUGCUGAUAAAAUUUUGCUUUUGAUUCAUAGUAUUUAUGAUGGUGAUGAUUCAGUAAGUCAAUUACAACAGCUAUUUUUUCAAAGAAAUCAAAAAGAGAAUGAAACUUUGCAAGACUAUUCUUUGAAUCUGAUGAAAAUUUUUGAUCAAAUAAACAAGCGAGAUAACACAGUUUUGGGUGACAAAGAUAAAGUUCUUAAAGAUCGAUUUAUAGAAGGUAUUAAAGAACCACACUUGAAACGAGAAGUCAAACGAUUCAGUUAUGAGCACAAAACAAUGAAAUUUCUUAAGUUUAGACAAGAAGUGUUACUUUGGGUAAAUGAAAAUACACAAAGUUGGAAAGUAAAACUUCAAAUGCAAGAUGCCGAAGUUGUUAGCAAUCAAGCAAUAAAAUCAGAACACACAUCGAAAGACAACUCCGAGAUAUUAAAACUUCUCACAAAACAACAGGAAAUGUUAGAAAAGCAACAACAGCAAAUUGAUAGGUUGUCUAACAGGUCUAAUGUUAAAACAUAUAGUGAUUCAACAAACAAUGAUGUAUAUAAUAGCCAUAAACCAAUUGUUUGUUAUAAUUGUGGUGGUAAGGGUCAUAAACGUCCAGAAUGUCCAUCAGCUUUUCAAGUACAAAGAAGUGACGAAGAUACACAGACAACACAUACUCGAGGACAAUUUAGAGGUAGAGGAAGAAGUUAUCGUGGUAGAUAUAACCAAAGAGGUAACAGAUAUCAAGGCCGAGGUGGUGUUGUUCCUAGUGAGUCAGAAGAGGUAAAAGAGUAGCUUCUACUGCGGUGAGUCGAUCAGUAGAAGAUACUACAGUACAAGUAGACUCCAAUUCAUUUCAGAGUAAUAUUUUUAAAAACAUUGCUAGUAAAAGUCCAGAGACAGAAAUUGUUGUUGAAAAUCAAUCAGCUAUAGCACUUAUAGAUACUGGUUCCCAGGUUUCAACAGUUACUGAAACAUAUUUUAAAACAUUAUUACAAAAGAAACCAAUACUACACGAUAUAACAAAAUGGAUGAAAGUCACUGGAGCCAAUGAUUUACCGAUCCCAUAUUUAGGUUAUAUUGAACUUAACGUUGCAGUAGCGAAAACAAUGAUUCCGAAUGUUGGUUUUCUUGUUGUGAAAGACACUGAUAACAUUAGUAAAUUGCCAUUUUUACUAGGAAGUAAUUUUUUUAUGAAGAUGAAAGAAGCUUUAGAAGUUUAUAAUGAAACCGAAACAAACACUCUUAUUGGGAAGCAAUUGUCAGGUAUUUUAACUGUAUAUAAUAAUUCUUUUGACUGUGAAAUAGAUUCUCCAAAAAUAUCUUUUGUUAAGAUAGCAGGUAGCAAUCCAGUACAUAUACCGGGAAAUUCCAUGAAGACAGUAAUGUGUACAACCAGACAAAAAGACAAUAAUGAAAAGUAUUGUGCAGUUGUUCAGUCAUUACAAGGUAACCAAGGCUCUUUACCGAGAAACAUUAUGGUAGUUGAUAGUUAUGCUGAGAUAAGUCAAGGAACAGUACCGGUACGUAUGAUUAAUAUAGGAUUAGAAGAUAUAUGGAUUAAUCAGAAAACAAGAGUUGGUACAUUACAUUCAGCUUCACUGAUACACGAGGUGUCACAAGACAAUAUUGACAUUGAUAUAGAUCAGACUCAAAUUAAUGUUCAAAUAAAGAAAAUAGAUAUUGCUGUUUGUAAGCAAGCUACAACAAAUACAGAGAAUAAGAAAAUACAAUUGAAUGACCUCGACAUAGAAAAGGAAAACCUUACCGAUGAACAAAUAGAAAAAGUUAAAGAUUUGUUAAACAAGAACACCGAUAUAUUUUGUAAGAACGAUUUAGAUUUAGGAUAUACAGACAUUGUAAAGCAUAGAAUUCUUACAACAGACGAGAAACCAAUUGCGAUUCCACAUAGACGCAUUCCACCUAAUCAAAUGGAAGAAGUUAGAGCACAUAUCAAACAAUUGUUAAAUCAAAACAUUAUUCGUAAGAGUAGUAGUCCUUAUGCUGCGCCCGUAGUAAUAGUACGCAAGCACGACAAGUCUAUUAGACUGUGCGUAGAUUACAGAUUACUGAAUAAAAAGACAAUACGUGACGCAUAUCCACUUCCAAGAAUCGAGGAGGCAUUAGACACUUUACACGGAACAAAGUUUUAUACUACUUUAGACUUAUCCCAAGGUUAUUAUCAGGUAGCGACCGAUGAAAGAGAUAUACAUAAGACUGCAUUUCGUGUUGGAACGGGAGGUCUUUAUGAGUACUUAAGAAUGCCAAUGGGACUUUCUAAUA